GACGAUCUUGAAACUGAAGCAUACACAAAACGCAUAAUACCCACCCUCUGUCACAAACACCCUACGCUUGUCGUUUAAGCAAAAACUAAAACCCACCUCUCUCUCUCUCUCUCUCUCUCACUCACUUUCUCUUUCUCCAACCCACUUCAAGCUUUUCCUGCACUUUCAGUUGAUUACCUCAAACUUUGCAGGCUUGAGGUUCAGGAAAACAAUCCAAUCUAAUCCAAUCCAAAGUUUCCAAGAAAGGAUGGCUUCAUUUCAAACCCCAAUUGGAAUGCGAAGUUCCACUAUGCUUGAAACCUCAUGUGGAUAUCUACUUAAGGAGUUGCAGAUGAUUUGGGACGAAGUGGGAGAAGAUCAGUUUGACAGAGAGAAAGUUCUUCUGGAUUUAGAACAGGAGUGUCUAGAAGUUUACCGGAAAAAAGUUGAUGGCGCAAACGUGUCGAGAUCUCGACUUCAUCAAGAACUUGCAGAAGCCGAGGCUGAGUUUACGCAUCUUCUGUUGUCCCUUGGAGAACGCUCUCUUCCUGGACGGCCAGAAAAGAUGGCGGGAACUUUGAAAGAGCAGCUUGAUUCCAUAACUCCAGCUCUGAGGGAGAUGCGGCUGAGAAAAGAGGAGAGGAUGAAACAGUUCAGAGACGUACAAGGACAAAUCCUGAAAAUUUCUGCAGAAAUAGUGAAUGAAAAUGAUGAUUCCACUCCUAUUGUCAUAGUGAAUGAGAAUGAUCUUUCUCUGAAGAAACUUGAGGAAUAUCAGAAUGAGUUACAGAGACUUCACAGUGAAAAGAAUGAAAGGCUUCAGAGAGUGGAGAAAUAUAUAGACAAACAACAUAUUUAUGCUACAUCCCAAAAACAAAAACAAAAAGUUUGACGGAGUGUGAGAUCUCACAUCGG